AUGACCAAGAACGUUUUAUUAUUAGGUUCAGGUUUCGUUGCCCAACCCGUCGUCGAUACUUUAUCUGCAGACCCAAACAUUAACGUCACUGUUGCUUGCAGAACUUUAGCUAAUGCUGAAGCUUUGGCCAAGGCAUCUGGUUCAAAGGCUAUUUCUUUAGAUGUUACAAACGAUGAAGAACUAGAUAGAAUUUUAUCUCAACAUGAUUUAGUUAUAUCCUUAAUCCCAUACAUUUAUCACCCAAACGUUGUCAGAAGUGCAAUUAGAUGUAAGAAAGAUGUUGUCACCUCUUCUUACAUUUCUCCAGCUUUAAGAAAAUUGGAACCACAAAUUAAGGAAGCAGGUAUUACUGUAAUGAAUGAAAUUGGUUUAGAUCCAGGUAUCGACCAUUUAUAUGCUGUUAAAACCAUUGAUGAAGUCCACAGAGCUGGUGGUAAGAUUAAAUCGUUUCUUUCCUACUGUGGUGGGUUGCCUGCCCCAGAAGAUUCAGAUAAUCCAUUAGGUUACAAGUUUUCUUGGUCCUCCAGAGGUGUUUUGUUAGCUUUAAGAAAUUCUGCUAAAUACUGGAAAGAUGGAAAGAUUGAAACUGUUUCCUCUGAAGAUUUAAUGGCUUCAGCUAAACCAUACUUUAUUUACCCGGGUUACGCCUUUGUCUGUUAUCCAAAUAGAGAUUCUACCAUUUUCAAAGAAUUAUAUCAUAUUCCAGAGGCUGAGACUGUCAUCAGAGGUACUUUAAGAUACCAAGGUUUCCCAGAAUUCGUUAAGGUUCUUGUAGAUAUGGGUAUGUUAAAGGAAGAGACUUCUGAUAUUUGGACUAAACCAACCCCAUGGAAUAAUGCUUUGUACCAAUACUUAGGUGCUAAAUCUAAUUCAAAGGAAGAUUUGAUUGCAAAGAUUGAUACUUUAACCAAAUGGGAAUCUGCUGAGGAAAGAGAAAGAAUCUUAAAUGGCUUCGGUUGGUUAGGUUUAUUCUCUAACACACCAAUUACUCCAAGAGGUAAUCCAUUAGACACCUUAUGUGCUCGUCUUGAGGAAUUAAUGCAAUAUGGAGAAGGUGAACGUGAUAUGGUCGUUUUACAACAUAAAUUUGGCAUUGAAUGGGCAGAUGGUAAGACAGAAACCAGAACUUCUACUUUAGUUGAUUAUGGUAAAGUUGGUGGUUACAGUUCUAUGGCUGCUACUGUCGGUUUACCCGUUUCUGUUGCUACUAAAUUAGUCUUAAAUGGUACUAUUAAGGGUCCAGGUCUAAUAGCCCCAUACUCUCCUGAAAUUAAUAAUCCAAUUAUGAAGGAAUUAAAGGAAAAGUACAAUAUUUUCCUAGUUGAAAAGACACUUGGUUAA